GCUUCAAUCCUAAGGAAACGUUUAUUAGAUGUCCAUAAGAUAACCUUUAGCCAUUGUAUCUAUAUGUUCAGAAUGCUUAAUUUGCAUAAAUUGAAGAACUUACGCCAAUUGACAUUGCAGCACGAAAUCAGUUUUCCUUGCGAAAAACUAAUCGAGAUGAUUGCGAAUUUCAAAGAGCUGGAGCAAUUGGAUCUCAUCAAUUGUGGAAGGAUGUUGAAUGAGGCAGCGCUGUGGCAAACUGUUGACUGCUGCCCAUCGCUAAGGAUCCUGAAUAUAUAUAACAUGCAUUUGAAAGAGGAUUUUUUCGAUGGUAAUCGAUGUGUCAUGGAGAAGACAUUGAGCAAUCGCUCUCAUGAUUUAACAUUGAAUUGCCACACAACACGUGAAAUUGAGAAGCUGAUCCGCCAGCUCUUCAAGCAUCCUCGAUUGAAGCUCUCUUUUGUGCCUUUACCGCAUGACAUCGAUGGUACCAGGAUAAAAGUGCAUUUUGAGCCUUUGCUGCCAUCAUAAGAGUCAAAUAUAUAUGUGACAACUUUUUAAGACUUUUGUUUCGACUGUUGAAACAUUUGUGAUAAGAUGUGCAAUUUUGUAAAUCGCAUAAUAAAU